AUGAAUUUGAAUGAAGUGAAGGAAAACGAUUUGUUCCACACUCUUGAUAUUGCACAGACUGCCCAAGUCGUAGGCACCGAUACGGAACACGGACUCAAUGCAAAUGAAGCACACGCACGGCUGAAACAUGGAGGUCCGAACAACCUAGGAGAAGACACUGGGAUCGACUACAAGUCUCUUGUCAUUCAUCAGGUAUGUAAUGCGAUGGUUAUGGUUCUUUUCAUAUCAAUGGUGAUAUCUUUCGCCAUUAGAGAUUGGAUUACAGGUGGUGUGAUUGCGUUUGUCGUCGGUGUAAAUGUAAGCAUUGGAGUGUUCCAAGAGUUUAAGGCAUCCAAAACAAUGAACUCUUUGAAAUCAUUGACUUCCCCUACUGCUACCGUGAUCAGGGAGGGAAAACAUGUAAGUGUGGAGUCUGCAACAGUGGUUGUUGGUGAUAUAUGUGAAGUUCGCGUCGGCGAUAGCGUUCCCGCUGAUCUGAGAUUGAUGGAAGCCAGUAAUUUUGAAACCGAUGAAGCUCUUUUGACAGGAGAAUCAUUACCAGUAGCUAAGGAUUAUCAGGCUGUGUACGACAGUGACAAGGAUACACCCGUUGGUGAUAGGCUCAAUCUAGCUUAUUCCUCUUCGUCUGUGGUCAAAGGACGUGCUAGGGGAAUCGUGAUCCGCACAGGAUUGGAUACUGAAAUUGGUAAAGUUGCAGAUUCGUUACGUAGUAAGCAAACUAUUGUGUCUAGAGAUCCGGCCAAAUCUUGGGUUGUCAAUGCCUACAGGACGGUUCAUAAUACCGCUGGUGUAUUUUUAGGUACUACAAUUGGGACACCAUUGCAUCGUAAACUAUCUAAAUUGGCAAUUCUUUUGUUCUUUAUCGCUGUCCUAUUUGCCAUUGUUGUUAUGGCAUCUCAAAAGUUUAAUGUCGAUCGUGGUGUAGCCAUUUAUGCCGUUUGCGUGGCAUUGUCAAUGAUUCCCUCUUCUCUGGUGGUAGUCCUAACAAUCACUAUGUCUGUUGGAGCCGCUGUCAUGGUCACCAGAAAUGUUUUGGUCAGAAGUUUGGACUCAUUGGAGGCACUGGGAGCAGUGACCGAUAUUUGCUCGGAUAAGACCGGUACUUUGACUCAAGGGUUAAUGGUUCCCCGUCAAAUUUGGGUUCCCGGGUUUGGUACUGUAUUAGUUGAGAGUGUUGGUAAGGACUCAUGUAUUAAAAUUAUUCCUCGUCUAUCACCACACGAAUUUGCCCAUAAUAAUGAUGAAGAUGUUGGCAUUUUACAAGAUUUUGUCAAUCUUUACAACGACAAUAAGCUUCCUGAAGACAUGCAGCGUUCGUAUUUCACCCAAUGGUUAGAUACAGCCGCAUUGGCAAAUGUGGCAAAGGUGAGGUGGGAUGAUGAGAAGGAAAAUUGGGUUGGUCAAGGUGAUCCCACUGAAGUCGCAAUUCAGACGUUUGUUGCCGAAAUGGGCGGCAGAGAAGAAAGAAGUCAAGAGUUCCAGAAUGUUAAAGAGUUUCCCUUUGAUUCAACAAUCAAAAGGAUGUCCGCUGUGUUUGAAAGUAACCAGGACAAAUCACGUUGUGUUUACACUAAGGGAGCCUUUGAAAGUGUUCUAGAUUGUUGUGAAUAUUGGUACGGUGAUACAUCUGGCGGUAUGGUACCACUAACUGAAAAAGACGUGGAAGGCAUUCUUAAUAAUGUCGAUUCACUAUCAUCUGGCGGUCUAAGAGUGCUGGCAUUCGCAAAGAAAGUCAUGGGAAAGGAAGAGCCAAUAGAAAAACGUUCUAAAGUAGAAGCUGGAUUGUGCUUCUUGGGACUGAUUGGUAUUUAUGAUCCUCCAAGACCAGAAUCAUUGGGUGCCGUUAAAAAAUUUCACAAGGCCGGUAUUAAUGUCCACAUGUUGACUGGUGAUUUCCCAGGUACUGCUAAAGCCAUUGCUCAAGAGGUGGGCAUCCUGCCCACCAAUCUUUACCAUUAUCCUAAAGAAGUUGUUGACGUUAUGGUAAUGACUGGUUCACAAUUCGAUAGUCUAGAUGAAAACCAGGUUGAUGAACUUCCAGUUUUACCUCUAGUCAUUUCAAGAUGCUCGCCUCAAACAAAAGUUCGUAUGAUUGAAGCCUUGCACCGUCGUGGGAAGUUCUGUGCUAUGACCGGUGAUGGUGUCAACGAUUCGCCCUCUUUAAAGAUGGCUAAUGUCGGGAUCUCUAUGGGAUUAAACGGUUCAGAUGUUGCCAAGGAUGCUUCUGAUAUUGUGCUCAGUGAUGAUAAUUUUUCCUCUAUUCUCAAUGCUGUGGAAGAAGGACGUAGAAUGACUGAUAAUAUCCAAAAGUUUGUAUUGCAAUUACUUGCGGAGAACGUAGCGCAAGCUCUAUACCUCGUCGUUGGUCUGGCAUUCCAGGAUGAGGAUGGCAAAUCAGUAUUUGCUCUUUCUCCCGUAGAAGUGCUAUGGAUCAUUGUAUUCACGUCUUGCUUCCCAGCCAUGGGUUUGGGUCUUGAGAGGGCAGCUCCAGAUCUCAUGGAAAGACCUCCUAAUGACUCAAGCGCAGGAAUCUUUACUUGGGAGGUGAUUUUUGACAUGAUUAGCUAUGGUGUCAUCAUAGCUGCAGUCUGUAUGGGAAGCUUCACCACCGUGCUUUAUGGUAAGGACGCUGGUAACUUAGCGCGCAACUGUAACAAGAGUUAUACGAGUCCUUGUCAUGAUGUGUUCAGAGCACGUUCAUGUGCAUUUGCCACUAUGACGUGGUGUGCUCUUGUACUUGCUUGGGAAGUGGUUGAUAUGAGGAGGUCUUUCUUUAGAAGACAACCUGAGACUGAUGAGCCCUGUCGCCAAUUCUUCAGAGACGUUUAUGAAAACAAAUUUUUGUUUUGGUCCAUUGUAGUUGGAUUUGCUGGUGCAUUUCCAGUAGUUUACAUUCCUGUCAUCAAUACCAGUGUCUUUUUACAUAAGUCCAUUGGUUAUGAAUGGGGGAUCUCCAUUGGAUUUACAUUUGUAUUUUGGAUCGGAGCGGAAUUGUGGAAAUUUGGCAAGAGACUCUAUUUCAGAGGUCAAGCAAGAGCACAGAACCCUGAGGCAGAUCUCGAGAAAAAUGCUCUCCACGAUCCAUUCGAGGCCUACAGCACUUUUACUUCUCAAUCCGAGAUUCUUUCGCAGAAAGUUUCGCAUUAA